GAUUUCAUCUUCCAGAAGGAGCUGUUUGCUGCGAGAGACACAGAUCCCAUGCACAACUUCUCUGCUCAGCCCUGGCAGGCAAAGAUGGCCAACCUGACCUAUGACAACUUCACCCUGGGCAACCACUCUGAGGUGGCCGUGCAGCCUCCCACCAACUACAAGACAGUGGAGCUGGUUUUCAUUGCCACUGUCACCGGCUCGCUCAGCCUUGUCACCGUGGUGGGGAACAUCCUGGUGAUGCUCUCCAUCAAGGUGAACCGCCAGCUCCAGACUGUCAACAACUAUUUCCUCUUCAGCCUGGCCUGUGCAGACCUCAUCAUCGGGGUCUUCUCCAUGAACCUCUACACGGUCUACAUCAUCAAAGGCUACUGGCCACUGGGGGCCGUGGUGUGCGACCUGUGGCUGGCUCUGGACUAUGUGGUGAGCAAUGCCUCUGUCAUGAACCUGCUCAUCAUCAGCUUUGACCGGUACUUCUGUGUCACCAAGCCCCUGACGUACCCGGCCAGGAGGACCACCAAGAUGGCAGGGCUAAUGAUCGCGGCCGCGUGGAUAUUGUCCUUCGUUCUCUGGGCCCCUGCCAUCUUGUUCUGGCAGUUCGUUGUGGGCAAGAGGACAGUCCCCGAGAGGGAAUGCUACAUCCAGUUCCUCUCCAACCCAGCGGUGACAUUUGGCACAGCCAUUGCUGCUUUCUACCUGCCCGUGGUCAUCAUGACGGUGCUGUACAUCCACAUCUCCCUGGCCAGCAGAAGCAGGGUAAGGAGACACAAGCCUGAGAGCAGGAAAGAGAGGAAAACCAAGUCCCUCAGAUUCCUCAAGGGCCCCAUGGUCAAACAGAACAACAAUAACUCUCCCAAGAGGGCCGUGGAGGUGAAGGAGGAGGUGAGGAAUGGGAAAGUGGAUGACCAGCCAUCUGCACAGACAGAGGCCACUGGCCAUCAGGAGGAGAAGGAGACGUCCAAUGAGUCCAGCACCGUCAGCAUGACCCAGACCACAAAAGACAAGCCCACAGCAGAAAUCUUGCCAGCAGGGCAAGGACAGAGUCCAGCCAACCCCCGGGUGAACCCAACUUCCAAGUGGUCCAAAAUUAAGAUUGUCACCAAGCAGACUGGGACUGAAUGUGUCACCGCCAUUGAGAUCGUCCCAGCUAAGUCGGGUGCCUCUAACCACAACUCCCUGGCCAACAGCCGCCCAGUCAAUGUUGCCAGGAAGUUUGCCAGCAUCGCCAGGAGCCAAGUCCGGAAGAAGCGCCAGAUGGCUGCCCGAGAGAAGAAAGUCACCCGAACCAUCUUUGCCAUCCUGCUGGCCUUCAUACUCACAUGGACACCCUACAACGUGAUGGUCCUCAUUAACACCUUCUGUGAGACCUGCGUGCCCGAAACUGUGUGGUCCAUCGGCUACUGGCUCUGCUAUGUCAACAGCACCAUCAACCCAGCCUGCUAUGCCCUCUGCAAUGCCACUUUCAAGAAAACCUUCAAGCACCUUCUCAUGUGCCAGUACAGGAACAUUGGCACAGCCAGAUAAACUGGUACUCAGGGGCCACUUCAGUAACACUAUGGAAACCCUUCCCUUUGCCUCCUUUGCCAGCGGGGGUUCUUCUGCUCCCCACUCACAACAGUGCAGACUGUGCAGUGAUUGCAGAUGAUGCCCUUCAUCCAGCGCUGACACAAAUCCAAGGCAUCUCUGAGCUGCAGGUCCUUCCAGUCACCCUGGGCCUGGGGACUAGCUCGGGGAGCCACCAGGAAAGC